AAUUGAAGACAGUUACAUGUUAUUGCGUUUCCAUUUUUUCUAAAUCUACAAUAUUACGCACAAGUUUAAUGUAAUACACGAAUACUAUUAGUAAGGAUAUAAUUUACGGUUAUUUCACGACCAUGCAUGUAUAAUAAUCGAGCGUUGUGCGUCGCGGGAUAUGCGGGCACGUUUUAGUAUAAUAUACACCGAGGGAGAGGACUUAAGUAUGUUAAGUUAAAGAGGGAGAACUUGUGGACCAAUGUCAGCAGCAGCAGCUGCGUAAUACAGAUAUGUAUCAAGGAAAACGGAUUUCAAUUCCGGAGGCAGUUUUCAACUGAUAGGCGCUCGUUAAACUUGCCUCUGCAGUAUCUUGGCGCCGAGUUGAUGCCGCACUUAUUUUCUAAUCAAGGUUUAAUAAGAUGCGAAUCUUCCUGGCAUUUGCUCUGGUGACUUCGAUUUCCCAUUGCUCUUGCAUUCCGAUUGAAGUACGACCAGCAGGUUUCUCUUGGCAGGAUGGUUCCUCCUUGGUUUCGGCGUUGACAUUAAGAGUGAAAAAGAACACUGACGACAAUGAGUACAUCGAAGAAUGUACCCCGGUUCAAAGUUGGCAGGAAGAACCUGGGAUCAUAAGCGUCAUAGCAUUUUUAGAUGCGUCGUGGCAGUACAGCCAUCGACAAGCCACCAUGCUCAAAACACUUCAAGGUCUUUUAGAAAAGACUAGUAUAACCGGUAUCCGAUUUUAUGUUGUGAAUUCGUCGAAGCCAGAAGCUACGGUUAGCGCUAUUGAAAUAGAAGAUGAAAAAGAAGCUUGGGGAGCAGCAGAUUCGACAGAGGAUCAAAAUUUUCUGAAAAUAGAAAGAACUAGAGAAGCCUUAAAGAACAAGAUCGACCCAGAUAUAGAAUUUAUUCAAGAUACGUCAGAACUUAAAAUUUGGGAAAAGUUAUCUGCAUCGAGGGAUCAAGUUUUAGUUAUAGAUAAGUGUGGAAGGCUGAGUUACAGGGUAAUAGUUCCAUGGAGCAUAUUACAUUUUCCCUAUGUCAAAGCUGCAAUUCUCUCGACUUACAAAGAACAGCCUUGCGGAAACUGUAACAUUAGUCAAACGGAGAGUCAGGCAGAUGUUACCACUGAAACAGCAACGACCACGACUGAAAGUGAAAAAAUAAAAACCGAACAGCCUUUGGAUACCCUACCAGAGAACUUGAAUAUUGAUCACAUGAGAGAAAUUGCUGUAAAAAAGUACAAGCUCGAUGACACCGAUAAUACCGCAACGAAAAAAUAUCAUACUAAAGAGUCCCAGGAUAUUCCUGAAAAUGUUAUAAAACUUUUAAAUGGAAGCGCCAGUGGACAAAAAGGUAUCAAUAUCGGAGCUCUGUUACCAACAACAAUUCAAUAUUCAGAUGACGGCCGUGCUAUCAGCUAUUCACAAACUCCGAUUCCAGUAAUAGAGGAUAAACAAUACCAGAAUACUUCCAACAUUACGGAUGCUCCAAAUUCUGAUAAAAACACAGAGGUAAUGCCUGACAGUGAUUUAUCAGAAGCACUUUAUAGUGAAAACAGCGAUAAUUUGGAACCGAUAAAGCCCCAGGGUAUGGAAACAGAGAAUUCAACGGAUCGCUACAGUGAAGAGGAUAAAAAUUAUUAUCUUGACAAUGAACAUGAGCGGCAUAAGCUUGAAAAAUCUGAAUCCCUCAAAUUGAAAAGUAGUUGGGAAAAUAAGAAUGGAGAUGAAAAUUCAGAGAUAGAUCCUUAUUCAUCAAGCGCUAAUGAUUCCAACAAUCGCAGUAAUGAAAGCAGCUCAGAGAUGGAAAUUUCAAGUCUGCUAGAUUCGUUGUUCGAGAAUAAAACUGCUAAUCAUAUACACAGAACAAAACAAGAAUUUGAAGGAAUGAAUUCCGAGGAACAUUCACAGAAUGCGGACUAUUUGAUGCCAAUUAGGAUAAUAAUGCACGCACCUCACAGGCAUAUACACGAUGAACCGUUCAAGAAACAUGAAUACCUGGUCCUAAAACUUGGACGUCCAGAAUAUCACGGGCAUUUACCAUCUGACGAAGACUUCCUUGGAACAAAUGACAGCAAACCAAAUUCUGAAAAUAACGAUAAAAGUAAGGAAGUCGAUGAAACAGAUCCAGGGAGCGGAGAAUAUGACAACAAUGAUAAUAAAAAUGACCAACACCAUGGCAAUCGUCAUCAACAUCAACAUCAUCACAAAUUAGGUAAAAAUACGGACAAAGACGAUCAUCUGGACAUUAUAUACUAUAAAGAUGAAAGCCCUGGUUUUUACGGAGAAGAUGCAGAAUAUUGGAAAGACCCUGAGAACAUAGAAUAUGACGAAAAGCUCGAAAUGGAACAAAUUGGUGAGAAGGGAACACAAGGUGCUGUGAAUUUCGAUGAGAUAAAUAUCGGUAACGCAAACGUCCAGGAGAGUACAUUAAAAAAUCCGCUUGACGAAAAAGUAGGAGAAGAUACCGUCAUUGAUGACCAAAUUAUGGAAGAGGAGGCCAAGACAAAUCGUCUGAUUGAGCAUUACAGCAAACUUAUUCCGUGGCUUGACUAUGCAUUCGAUCAAUAACUUAUAGGCAUUUCAAUUAAUAAAUUUAUUUUUCCUUAUAAAUCUAGAUAUUAUGAGUAUUUGACAAAGCUCACUAUGUAAAUACUUACGUCAUUUUCAACAAUAAUUCUUUUAUGUUACAUUCUACGCAUAUCCUUUGUAGGUACUUUCGAAGAUCAGGUGUAUAUACAAUAGUUUUUCCAAGAAAAGAAUCUUGUAAUGUAAUUUAAGUAGUUGAUAGAACUUUCAUCAGGUAAAAUUUAGAAUUCGUGACUCGUCAUGUUUUAGUCGAAGUUGGAAACCCGAUUACACCUGGGAAUUAGUUUUUUAUUGAACUUCUUCGAUGGCUGGCGACUUUAA